CACAUCUCAGAAAUAUCUCUGCUCCCUCUUAAAAAGAGACAUAUAUGGAAAGAAAAUACUUUUCCCUUUCGAAGAAAAAGUGUUCUUUCGUCACGUUUUUCAUGAACAUUAAAAACGUUCCCGAAUUCUGCAAGUUUCAAUUUUUGAAGAGAAGGAGGAACAUGGUCGUCUCGCCCAGUAUUGGUUUAUUGAUAGCUGGAGUGGCAUCUGGGAUUUUUAUUUUCAUUGGCCUCCGAGCAAAGAAAAAUUCUAAGUCGAAGGAAAACGAAGGAAAACAAAGGGAAACGAAGCAGCGAGAGGUUGUAGACGAUGGUCGCUGCGCCUGUUGCUUGGCACCAUUCCUAAUCAACCGUGGUGUGCGCUGCAACGAUUGCGGCGCUAAGUCCUGCAGAAAGUCCUGUUCUCGUUGGAACACAUCGGAUAAUGUUUGGCAUUGCAUAUUCUGUCAUCAACGAAGGCUAUGGAUAAAGAGGAAUGAGAAAUGGUUUGAAAAUUUCGGUGGCACUACAAAUGAGAAAGAGGAAUUGCAUAGCUUCUUUAGCACUGCUAAAUCACGAGUCUAUGUUGCAGGACAUGGAGUCGCGUCGAACAUGGAGCAGAAGGAACAGGAAGAAAAACGCAUGAUGCACAUGAUCCGAAACUUUAUCGAGAAGAUAAUCGAAGGUCUCAUUGAUAAUGUAGACGAUACAUCGAUCGAUCGACUCUACGAAAAUUCCGAAUACAACCAAUUUUUGGAGGAACAUCGUCCGCCAUUAAUUACCGCUUUGACUCGAUUGGCUACGUGUCUGGAAACAUCUCUUAUGAACAAACAAUCUAUGGAUUCGCCAGCUACGGCGCACGCGGCUCUCAGAGAGAUCGUCGAGCGAGCUGUCGAGGAAGCUCGGAAGUUACCGGGACUGGGUGCAUCUGCGGAUACCGAGCAUCCUCGAGAAGGUCGCCCAAUCGCUGAUCAUAGUUACGAGGACCUACUCGCUACCGCGAUACUUAAUAAGGUCGUAGAAAGAUUCCAAAGAGAACGAGUGGAUGGCAACAGCAACGUACUACAUGACACAGAUUCUAAGGCGAAAUAUACCACGACUGAGAGUGAACAUGGCCUUGAGGAGGAUUCGGCGAGCUAUAUGUCCUAUCGUCGCGAAUGCAACGGUAAUCGUAGCGCGUCGAUCGGACAACAAAAUGGACAUAAUCGGGAACCGGUGUCUUUUAUGAUGGAAGAACGAAUAGAAGAGGUAACUACUAUUACGUCGGAUGAUGAUGAACUUCGAGACAACGAUGUCGUGGAAUUCGAAUGCGCCCGACGCGUUCCAUUUCCGGAACUCGGAAUGGAUAUCAUUGACCCUCCGCGAGAGUCGUCAUCGCCAUCAUCAUCAUCAGAUUCUUCAGAUUUAGAUCGCGAUGAAUACUCGCCGGCCAGGACAAAACGUCGUGUCGCUGAUCGCGCGAUGGAUCUAAUCUCGCCCGUCGAAUCCUGGGAGGAUAAUUGGCUAUUCCAGAAGAAAACUUCCCGAACACAGCCAGAUGCGGUGGCUAUGUUGGUACCGAGUUCUAACGCGGAUUACAAGGCUCUGAUCGGCGACAGAGAUGCUGAGGACACGUCAGAUUUAUCCGAGUGUUCCUCUACAAAAUCCGAUGAGGAAAUCGAGAAGGAAUUAAUGGAAGCUAUUAACAACGUGGUCCCGAGAACUCCCAGAACAUCCGAAUGCGACACAGAAAAUAAUCAAACAGAAAGUAAUUCAGAAGUGCCAAAUGUUGUCAAAAAAGAUGAAAUCGUUAUCUGUCAAGAAGAAACAAAAAUUGAAAAAAAAUUGCCUGAAGAAGUCUACGGACAUUUCGAUGAGAAAAUUAAUGAAAAAUUCUUGAAAUCUUCGGAAAUUUCGGAAAAGAAAACAAUCAAGGAUGUAAACGAUAUAGAGAAACUAAGUGAAAGUUCCUUUGCGUUGAUAACGGCGACAAGAAGAGAAGACGAAACCAAAGAGAAACCUAAGGACACAGUCGAUUGCGGCAUAAGAAUAAUCACGCUCACGAUGGAAAGUUCUGCGCAAAAGGACACGCAAUCUGGAAAAUCAAGCGAUCAAACGGGAAACGUCACCGACGAAAACGAAGAACAACGAGAAAGCGAGUAUACCGAGCACUACGACACGGCGAUCCAGAGACACUUAGACAGUCUGACGAAAGUCGAAGUUUGCUCUGGAGAAAACGAGAUGACUGACGAAACGAGUAAAACAAUGAACGACCAGCUCAGAGAAUUGGAAAACAACUCGAUCGAGGAACAAGAAAGAGAACGCUUGCAAACCAAAGUCCAAUUAUCUUAUGCAACAACUAAUGAAAAUCACAUUGGUAUGACGGCUGAAAACGAUCGAUUAAGCACCCCACCACGUCCAGGCACAAUAGCGGAACGCGAGCACAAAAAAUGGGAAAAUGCGCCACCGAUCGAAAAUAAUCCCUACAGCGAGGAAAAUAUACGAAAGCGAUGCUUAGAAAGACAAUAUUCGAGAAAUUCGGAUAUUCCAGGAGCUCAUUAUGAUUUAACAAAGUUGAACGAAGUGAAUCUGGAGGCUCUUCUGGCAUCUAACCGUUCGGACAUUAAACGAUUCGGCAGGGAUUAUUACAUCAACCAAUCAAAAGCGGCCAGUGGAGAGCGACAGGAGCAGGCCACUAGAUCGACGAUGUCUUCGAUGUCUAGCAGACCGAGCAGCUCGCUGUCUCAGCGAUCGAGCUGUACUGGCAACGAGCAACGUGAACAACAGGAAGAAUCCGCGAUAUCUAAGGAAAUCGAUGAUAUUUCGAUCCUACAAGAAGAUAAGAUUAUAAGAGCGACGGAGGAAUUGUGUCACAAAAAUAAUACCGAGGUAAUUAAUGUCGAAACGAAUAAUCGCGCGGUGAAUUCGUAUACUUUGAUAAUCGAUACCGGCGACGAUCAAAAAGUCAAAAACGAAAAAGACGCUGAAGAAACAACCUGGAAUGAUAAUCAACAAACGGAUGACAUUUUUGAGGAUCAGAGAAAAAAUAGCAAAAAUGAAAUCAAUGCCAAGCUGAAUAAUCAAGAGCACAAUCUGGAGACCGAGCGCAAGAAUGAUAAGGAACGGAAGGUUCGCAAGAUCGAUUUGAAGGCAUAUGGUUUUGAGAACGAAUUCAUGGACCAAAAAAAAACCAUCCGGCAGCAGAGAGUGAUCAAUAAAUUGGACCUAAAGUCUUUCGGUUUCCAAGACGGCCUGCGUCGCGCUUGUUCCAAUAAUCAAUUGGAUCAAUCCUUGCGUAACAAUGAGAAAUCAAACUUGACAAGACGCGCGGCUGGACGUCACGCGUUUGAAGAAUAUCUGAUCGAUGCGCCGAAGUCACUUGGUUAUAAAGAUUUUGCAAAAAGCUCAAAGGAUCUUAACAAGCUACAAGAUAAAGUUGAGAAGAUGGGUUUGGGACUGAUAUCGGCCAAAUCAAUGCCAAAUGUUGCUGAUGAAACAUAUUAUCAUGCAAAUUCGAUUCACGUAAACGAGAAACAGGAUCAGCAAGACGAAUUCGCUGCCAGAAAUUUGUUGGAUCGCGCAAUCGAUAAAUCGGAGGAAGGAACAAAGACGGACGAAUGUGACGCGAUUGUCGAUGAAAAUGAUUCACUACUCAACAGUUAUGACGAACUUUCUUCUGACAUGGACAGAUCCUUCGAGAAUAUAUAUAUUAGAAGCAAGGAACAAUUUCGAGGAAUGGGAGAGAAAUGGCGGUCAAUGCCUUCAGUGAAAAGGCUCGCGGAAGCCUUUGGCAGACGACAAAUUUCCGAAACAGAGACUACCAUGCUAGCAAAAGUAAACAAAGCUUCGAUGGUGAAGAUAGACGAUAUCAAGGACAGAUCGUUCACCCCCGAGAUACAAAUAGUCGAAACGCCAAAACCAAUGCAUAGUUUGACGGCCAGAUCUCUUUCAAAAAAAUUUCGAGAAGGACUUCGACAAAUGCCCAGUAAAGUAUCCUCGCCGCCAGUCAGCCGAUCACUGAUAGGGGAGCGAUUAACGAAUCAAACGGAAAUCGUACGAUCGAAACGAGAGGAAAACGAUACAGAUGUGAUCUCGCCCGGCAAGCUGAAAUCGAACAUUAUAUUUUGGGAGCAAAUGCAAAAAAGAAGUUAAACGGUAUGCUCCCUUCCCCAUAAUGAUAAAGAGUUAAAUGAAAAAUUAAACAUAGUCACAAUAAAUUGAUUUUUUGUAUAUAUGUAAGAAUAGAGAGAUAUAAUCACAAGUUACGCGACUGGAAUAUGUAUUAUACAAUGAAGAAAUAUUAGAACGAGUUUACACGAUAAGGUCAAGUCACGAAUUUAUAAAAUAAGAUUCUAAGAAGUUAAAUACACUAACAAUGUAUGAUAAUUAUUGCAAUGACAAAUAACAAUUAUUAGAAUUACGAAAAUAAAUUGUUUUAUAUGGAAGCAAAAAUUUAUAUAUGCAUAUAUUAUCGAACAACGUAAUCGUAGUGUCAUUUUUUGACAAAACUGUUAACAUUAAAAAAAAAAUUUUUUUUAAAUUUAAAAUGUCUUUAUAAACGUCGCAAUUUUGUAUAUUUAAAUAAGUUGUAUAGGUAGGAUUUUGUGCAUAUUUCUAUUGUGGAAACAUAAUAUACAAUUAUGACAGCAUGUAAAAUCGAAUCAAAUGCUAUACUACAGAAUUAAUAUUUAUGAAAGAAACCGAUUUGCAUUUACUUUGUGUGCUAUAAAGUUGCUAGUGUUGCUAUUCUUGCAAGGAUAAGGAUAUGUUAACAUUUAUAUUGAAAAAGUAAUAAUCUUUCAACUAUUGUAGAUUUACUUACAAGAUGUUAUAUGUAAGAUAAAUAUGCAUGAUAAAUUAAGCAAAAUCAUCUUUUAUUGAAUGAUAAUGCGGAUAAUAACACAUAAUAAAAAUAAUGUGCGUAAAAGCAUGAAUAAAUUCGUGUCAAACAAUGUCACGAUAUAUUGAUAGCCAAAGAAAUUCGAAUAUCAGUACCCAUUACAGAUGAGAAAUCAGUUGAACUCUUUAUUCCCUUAUUUAUAUUACAGAAGUUAAAUAAAAAGUAUUAAAACCAAAAAAUAUAAUGGUAUUCUAAUCAUGCAAAAUCCUAACAUUGUGAAAUGCGCUACGCUCUCUAUCAAUUUUUGAUUGUACAAAUGUUGAUAAAAAAUUAUCAAUAUCAUCUAGGUAUUAUAUAAUCAAUCUAGAUAUCAAAUCUAAAAUCUAGAUAUUUUUACGCCAAGAUAUUUGACUUACGCCGAUACAUGUAAAGAAUGUGCAAAUUCAUGUACAUGGUCUCAUCAUUGCCAUGAGCAAAUAACCGCAUGUCUUUUGAUACUAAUGAUACUAAUAUUUUAAUAUAUUUUAAUUUCAGUAUCCGUAUAUAUAUUAUCGAGCCAUAUAAUUAUGAUGUCAUUUUUGAAAAAACUGUUAAAUUUUUAAAAAGAUAAAAACAAGCUUAGAAUAUAUCUUCACAAAUGUCGCAUCAAAAUUUUGUAUAUUUAUAGAUAGUUUUACACAUGUAGGAUUUUUUGCAUAUUUUCAAGCAUACAAUUAUGGAAAUAUAAUAUAUGAUUCACAAUUCUUUGCAACAUUCAUGUUUAAAUAAUCAACUCACAAAUAUUUAUUAAAUAUACUAUGCAUGUAUUAUUUUACAUAAAGUAUAUUACACAAUUCAUGAUACGAGUGAACAUAAAGAUUGUACAUGAAAAAAUGAGAUAACAGUAUAUAAUAAAAUUGAUUUUAUAAGACCUACAUUUGUACUAAAAUUCAAUAUUAAAUAUAUUGAAAAUAUAAACUAAAAAAUAUUGAAAUAUUUCCUUUCUUAUGCUGUUGAUUUAUUUUUUCAUUAGAAAUCCGUACCUUUUCGAGAGUCUUAUUACUUAUCUUCGAAAUUGUUAACAAAUAAUUUAUUAAUCGCAAUUUUAUCUUUUAUGCUUUCUUAUGACACGUUAUUUUCCGAAAUGAGAUUAUACAUUGUAAUAUUGAAAUCGACAUUCAAAACGGCGCGCUUAAUAAAAUUUAACCUAACCUAUUCAAACUACGCUUUUUCUCGAUAUAUUCGCAAAAAAUCUUAACGUUUAAUUUAUCUUUUUUCAAAUAACUUUUCUA